UACUUGCUCUGUUCGGUUGGUUUGUGCAACCAAAACCAAUCUACACAGAAGCAGUUAAAUUUUUUUAAUCCUCUAAAACCCAAAACCCUAACCGGUAAAACAAACAACCAAAUCUGAAGCUCAUUUGCCGCUCAAACCGCAUCGCCGACUGCCAAACAAUGUCAGCAUUUUGUGCUUCUGUUAAACCAUUGAGCUAUACAUUGUGCAAUGGUAAUGGGAGGCAGAGGAUUAGAGCUUCUUUGCAACAGAGACGGAGAACUUCCAUGGCGGUAGUGGCCAUGUCAACGGGCAGUUUUGACAUCCCGAUUAUGGUAAAUGGUUGUAGUGGGAAUAUGGGGAAGGCUGUUAUUAAGGCAGCAGACUCAGCAGGGCUUCAAAUUCUUCCAGUAUCAUUUGGCUCACCAGAAGAAUCUGGGCAGAAUGUGCAAGUAUGUGGGAAAGACAUUAAGAUAUACGGUCCUUCUGAAAGAGAAGAUGUUCUUGCAACAAUGUAUAAUGAACAUCCGAAUCUGAUUGUGGUUGAUUACACUGUUCCUACAGCAGUAAAUGGUAAUGCAGAUCUAUAUUGCAAAGUUGGAGUGCCUUUUGUUAUGGGAACCACUGGUGGAGACAGGGAUCUCUUGUAUAAGGUAGUAGAACACUCAAAAGUUUAUGCUGUGAUCUCUCCACAGAUGGGAAAGCAGGUGGUUGCGUUUCUUGCAGCAAUGGAUAUUAUGGCUGAGCAAUUUCCUGGAGCUUUUGCUGGGUAUUCACUUCAGGUGCUGGAGUCCCAUCAAGCUGCAAAGUUGGACACAUCCGGAACGGCAAAGGCUGUUAUCUCUUGCUUCCAGAAAUUGGGUGUGGCUUUCGACAUGGAUACGAUUCAAAUGAUCCGAGAUCCCGAGCAACAGAUUGAGAUGGUGGGAGUUCCAGAAGAACAUUUGGCUGGUCAUGCAUUCCAUAUGUAUCAUCUCACAUCACCUGAUGAAACUGUUUCUUUUGAGUUUCAACAUAACGUUUGUGGAAGAUCCAUUUAUGCAGAGGGCACUGUUGACGCUAUAAUUUUCCUUGCUAAGAUGGUUCGAUCAAGGGCAGAUAAGCGGAUCUACAACAUGAUUGAUGUCUUACGGGAGGGUAACAUGAGAUGAACUAGCCCAAUGGUUCCUAUUAUGUCUGCGCGUCCACUGUCUACGCAUGGUGAUGGAAUCAGUGCUCUGCAUUUGUUCAAAGAAGAAUCUCAUAGUUCCAAAAUGUGGUUUAGUGCGAUCAUCCCUGCAUCUCCAAGCCCGUGAAAACCGACAAACAAGUUUUGGAUGAAAGCAAGUAAGAAGGAUGUGCGAUUUACUCACUAUUAUUGCAGGAUUUAAGGAGGCAUUAUGGUUUUUGAAUUUUGUAAGUUGAUCGCGAGCUUUUCCAUAAAAUUUUGAGGUGUUUGAUUUAUAACUCAUGUAUACAAAAAGUUGUGUGAAAGCUGCGAGAACCUGUUGGAUCGAAAAGUUUUUAUUAAAUUAACUUUUUUUUAUUA